GCAUUUAUUACGAUACGCUAACUUCACGCGACGUGUACUUUUAGUUAGUGAGGAGCAAUAUCGUUUUCAUUGUUACGUUUUAGAUUUAAUAUUACUGAUUACCGACUCCUAUAUCCUCUUUCUUUCAACGCACGUGGACCGAAACCACUUCUAAGGACCAUUCAACAAACGUAAAUCCCAGAAAUUCACUACAGGUGUUGAAAAGAGGGGAUCAAGUUCACUCUGCAGAUGACACUUAAGUCAGUGUAUGGCGUGUCCGGUCCAGUUCCUCUGCAGGACGCUCCGGACUGUGGGACUGGUUCUCCUCUAUUAUGUUUUCUCUAUUGGUAUCACCUUCUAUAACAAAUGGCUCAUGAAGGGCUUCCACUAUCCGCUUUUCAUGACGUUAGUCCACCUGGCCCUCAACUUUUGCCUGUCGGCGCUGACCCGACGGGCCAUGCAAUGCUGGACAGGGAAGACCCGUGUUAUUCUCGGCUGGUCGGAUUACCUCCGCAAAGUGGCUCCCACAGCGUUGGCAACAACACUGGACAUUGGACUCUCCAACUGGAGUUUCCUCUUCAUCACAAUUAGCUUGUACACCAUGACCAAGUCUUCUGCAGUGCUCUUUAUUCUCUUUUUCUCUUUGGUCUUAAAACUCGAGGAGCCGAACCCAUUCCUGAUCCUUGUGGUCCUGCUGAUUGCCAGCGGCCUGUUCAUGUUUACCUUCCAAUCCACCCAGUUCAACCUGAAGGGCUUCCUCAUGGUGCUGCUGGCGGCCUUCAUCGGCGGGAUCCGCUGGACCUUCACUCAGGUGCUCAUGCAGAAAGCCGAGCUGGGCCUCCAGAACCCCGUAGAUGCUAUGUACCACCUCCAGCCUCUCAUGUUUCUGGGCCUCUUUCCGCUCUUCCUGUAUAAUGAAGGAUUGAGCCUCAGCACCUCUGACAAGUUAUUCCGGGAAACAGAGCCGUUGCCUCUCUUGUACUUAGUCUUCUUAUUAAGCUUUGGAGGAAUCCUGGCUUUUGGUCUCGGCUUUUCAGAGUUUCUGCUCGUCUCACGAACCUCAAGCCUCACGUUAUCCAUAUCAGGGAUUUUUAAGGAAAUAUGCACGCUGGUUUUGGCAACAUCACUGGUGGGAGACAAACUGAGUGUCCUCAACUGGCUGGGCUUUGCCGUGUGUCUGUGUGGUAUCUCAUUGCACGUUGGACUCAAAGUCUAUUAUUCCAAAAACAAGAGUCCGUCCCUCAGGCAGCUGACCAGUAGGAGCCCAGAGCUUGAGUUGCCUUUGCUGCGACGUAAUGAUGAAGACGACUCCACUGCCGAAAAUGAGGAGGAAGAAAUCACCCUACACUCAGUCUCUCCCUCAACAUCAUCAUUGUCAUUUCACUGGAUCAUGUGGCAUUUCCUGUUUGUAAUCCUGCUGCUGUCAUCAAAAGUUCAUGGCCAAGGUCGUCUUAAGCUGACGGUCCUCUCCGAAGACAGAUUGCAGAUGAAAUGGAAAGAGACCGAUGGUCCCAUUCAGGGCUACAAGGUCCGAGUAAGGCCCAUCUCAGACGUGCCACAGCCGGAGCUCAUGUUGACAACCACACGGGGGCGGGCAACCGUAGCAGGAUUGGACUCCAGUCAGGAGUAUGCUCUCCAAGUUCUUGUGCUUAAUGGGACCACAGAGAGACUUCUGGCAAAGCGACGAUUCACCUUGGACAGUCUACGGGAGGAGGAGAUGGUUCGUAGUGGCCAAAGGAGGAAGCUGUUGCCAGGAGGAUCUGGAUCAGGAGACCUGGAUGAUGGAACGGAGGCUCUGCUGGCUCUGCCUACCAUUCUGUAUCCAGACCCUGUCACCACAACUACAAAUGCAGAGCCACCAACUAUGGAACCCUCCACUCCACCCGUGCCAAGCUCCCAGGAUAAGUCUACCAAAGAAAAGAAGAAGAGGAAGAAAGAAAAAGAGCGGGAACGCUCCAAGGUGGAAAUGAAGGACAAAAAGGGAACGACAGGGGGCAAAGAGGAGAAACCACAAAAGAUACCUCUUCCAACUCAGCCGGUUACAGGUGCUUUUCCGAGAAAACCUUUUGAGUGCAACACUGAUGCUGCAGCGGAUAUCAUGUUUUUGGUGGACGGUUCCUGGAGUAUUGGACGGACCAACUUCAGGCGGGUCAGGGACUUCUUGGAGGGACUGAUGACACCCUUCCGCAUCGGGCCGAAAAACAUUCAGAUUGGCCUUAGCCAGUACAGUGGAGACCCGCGAACAGAGUGGCAGCUGAACAACUUCACCACCAAAGACCAACUGGUAGAAGCUGUAAGGAAUUUCCGAUAUAAGGGAGGAAACACUUUCACAGGCCAAGCGCUGCUCCACGUCAUGGAGGAGAACAUGAAGGCCGAAGCGGGCGCAAGGUCGGACACGCCCUUCUACCUUGUGCUCUUGACGGAUGGUAAAUCGCAAGAUGACGCCAUCGCCGCAGCAAACCGACUCAAAAAUGCCGGUGUGGAGAUCAUCGCUGUAGGUGUUAAGAACGCCGAUGAGGCCGAGUUGAGGCAAGUGGCUUCAGAGCCAGUGGAUUCCAAUGUCUACAACGUCAACGACUUCCAUCUGCUCAGCAAACUGGUGGCCCGGCUGGUCCACGUUCUGUGUGGGAGAAUAGAGGAGCGCGGAAUCAUAAAACAAGGUGAACCAGAGCCUACAGUAGACCCGACCCUAUCUUACCCGAGUCCCACUGACCUCCGCUUCUCCGACCUGGGCUCCAGAGAAGUGAUGCUACACUGGACCAACCCUGCUAAGCCAGUCCAGCAAUACAGGGUGGUCUACCACAGCGCAGAGGGUCAAAGUCCUCAGGAGGUGGUGUUGGCUGGCUCAGAGUCAUCUGUGCUGCUCCAAGGCCUCUCCUCACAGACACUUUAUCAUGUGUCCAUUUUCCCCGUGUAUGAGCACAGCGUUGGCCUGGCACUCCGGGGAACUGUCACCACAGUGCCACUCUCCAUGCCAAGCGACCUGGAGGUGACGGCUUCCUCUUAUAGCACACUGCGAGUGAACUGGGGUGCAGCUCCAGGGGCAACCGAGUACCUGAUCCUCUACUCAGCACUCAACCACGGAGAGCCGGAUGACGCCAAGGAGGAGAAGUUUGGUUCAGAGCAGACAACGUUAGAGCUGGCCGGUUUACAUCCUGCAACGGACUACUCAGUCACUCUUUAUGCUCUCUAUGAUGAAGAUUCCAGUGAUCCGGUCACGGCUGUCGCUACCACAUUUCCUCUCCCCUCGCCCGUGAGUGUGAGCUUUCCAGUGGUGACCCACAGUAUGCUGAGGGUAAGCUGGGUGCCUGGAGCCGUGGAUGUCCCCGCUCACAGAAUCACUUACAGCACUAACCAUGGCAGUGAAGUCAAGCAGAUGGAGGUUACCGGACAGAGCUCAGUGCUGGUACAGAGUCUGUCCUCUCUGUCUCCGUAUCUGGUAUCAGUCCAGUCUCGCUACCCACAAGGCCUUUCUGCAGCCCUCACCAGUAACAUCACCACAUUGAAAGUACCCUCCCCUUCAGACUUAAGGGUGACCAAUUUUUCCGGUAGUGAAAUCACAGUACGUUGGGAGGCUGCUGCUGAUGAUGUCAUCUCCUACCUCAUCAAGUGGAUCUCCCUAGGGGGAGGAAACCUGAGACAGUUGAAAGUGAGUGGAGAGAGUGAAGGGGUCAUCCUGGAAGGCGUGGAGGACAACACAGAAUACCAAAUCUCUCUGUCCGCACUAUAUGGAGAUGGAGCUCAAAGUGAAGCUGUGGCUAUACGCUAUAGCACACUGUCUGGUGGGGGACCAUCCAGCGUGUCCGUCUCCGACGAGACGCCGGUCAGCAUGAUGGUCAGCUGGGUUCCCCCCAAUGCUCAUGUCUUGCAAUAUCGUGUCUCUUACAGUGCACUGACAGGAGCUGAGAACCAGGACAACUCUGUGUUAGUUCCAGGUGGUGAAAAGCAUGUGGUGCUGGACUCAUUACAACCAGACACACGAUACAGCAUUCUGGUCACGGCUGAAUACCGCAACAAAGAAGGAGGCAGUGGUUCAGCACAGGGCAAAACCACCAGUCUCCGAGUAAGCAGUGUGAGUGUUGUGCGGUCAGACCACUCCAGUAUCUGUGUGUCAUGGAGACCCCUGUCAGUUGUCGACGGCUACCGUAUUGUUAUUCAGUCGGUCAAAGAUAAAGUGUCAAUGGAGGAAAGAGUGGAUGAGUUGAGCAGCACUCAUUGUUUCACCGGGCUCCAAGCGGAGACGCUGUACCGCAUCAGUGUGCACUCAAAUCUGGGAUCAGCAGAGGGUGCUGCCGUCUCCAUUCUGCAUCCAACAGCUCAGGCCCCGGCUAAAAUUCCUGUCAACACUCGUCAGUACCCAAUUCAUUAUGAAGUUUGUCCUGAAGUCACCAUCAGAAACAGUAUUGUUAAAGGCUUUGACAUGAUGGAAGCAUUUGGCCUCACGCCAAAAGCCCACUCGUCCGUGGAUGGGGUUGCCGCAGAGCCUUUUGUCUUCAACACGCGUCCUGCUUACACUUUGUACAGAGACAUCCAGCUGACACAAAGCACCAAGCUUAUCCACCCUGUAGGCUUCUCUCCUGAGCACACCAUCAGCAUCGCCUUCCGCCUACUGCAGGAAACGCCCAAAGAGCCCUUCGCCCUCUGGCAGCUGACAGAUAAUGACUUCCAGCCCAAGAUGGGAGUGGUGCUGGACCCCUUGACCAAGCAGUUGGUGUACUUGAGUCUGGAUUACCGUGGCGAAGUGCAAGAGUUGACCUUUGACCAGCCACAGGUCCACAGGCUGUUCUACGGUAGUUUUCACAAGGUGCACCUGUCGGUCAGCCAGGUGGGCGUCUCCUUGUCUGUUGAUUGCCAGCGCGUGGGCGAGAGGCCCGCCCGACCACUCGGCAACCUGCCUACAGACGGCUUUGAGAUGCUAGGAAAACUGACGAGUAGCAGAGGACCCAAAAGUGGCUCGGCUGCGUUCCAGUUGCAAUCAUUCGAAAUAGUGUGUAACACAACAUGGGCUGCUGAGGACACCUGCUGCGAGCUGCCCGCAGUGAGAGACGAGGAAAGUUGUCCUCCUCAGCCUUACUCGUGUACCUGCUCCUCUGACAUCCCAGGAGCUGCUGGUUCCCCCGGUCCUAUAGGCAAGCCUGGUCCCCGUGGCGUUAAAGGUGACAAAGGUGAACAAGGACACAAGGGUGAGAUGGGUCCUCCAGGCAAAGCUGGACUCGAGGGCGGUCUUGGAGCAGUGGGCAGCAGGGGGCCACAGGGAAUGGCUGUGGAUGGGAAAGUCGGCCCACCUGGGGAAAGAGGAGAAAAGGGAGAUCCUGGAAGAGUUGGACUUCAGGGUGUACCCGGGCCUCAAGGCCCAAAAGGGGAGGUGGGCCCUCCCGGCCCCAUGGGCAUCCGAGGUGUUGAAGGCAACAUGGGUCCCCCUGGCCCCACUGGAUCAAGAGGCUUCCAGGGCAUCCCAGGACACCCGGGACCCACUGGGGAGAGAGGUUACACUGGACCUAGCGGGGUGACGGGUCUUCCGGGGAGUAAAGGGGAGCAAGGAGAGAAGGGGGAACCUCAGUCCAUGGCUAUGAUCUACCAGCUUGUCACAGAGGCGUGUGAACAACUUGUUCACCAGGAGGUGAGGAAGUUGGACAUGUUCAUCGAUGACAUGGCCCGGAAGCCAGCUGUGGAGGAGCCCAAGGGGCCUCCCGGGGAACCAGGAAUACCAGGUUCCAGGGGUCCACCGGGCUCCAGGGGCAACCAGGGGAAUAUAGGCCCCCGAGGGAGACCUGGCAGAACUGGCUACCCUGGAGAACAAGGAAGGUCAGGCUUGUCAGGGGAAAAAGGUGAUGCCGGGGCUAAUGUACAGGGGCCCCCAGGGGUCAGAGGCCAUGCAGGUUCCCCGGGCGAGUCCAAGAUUGGAAGCUCAGGGCCCAAAGGAGAAAAUGGAAAGCCGGGACCACCAGGGAUUCCUGGAACUCCUGGCCAGCCGGGUGAGAUCGGACCACCCGGAGUGUGUGACAGCAGUGGAGGCUGCCACAGAGUUCCUCAGCAAACGGAAGACAACUGGAACGGCUACCAGCCUUAAGAGAAUGUUGAAAUAUUAAGUGGUGAAGACAUCACAACAGGACGCCUGUUUACAUUGACAAUGCUUCUGGAGUUCAGUGCAUGACAGUAUUGCACUUAAGCUGAUGCAGUGCUCCCAAGCAUAAGUCAUCACAAGAGAAAGCGAAAUAGAAGAAGGAAGAGGAGCACACGCCCGUGAUGUCGCAUUGUGAAGAACUGAGGAAUCUGCAUUUUCCAAAGGCUAAGUUGUUAAGUGUGAUCAUUUUGAUGAGGAUGAGAGUUUCCAGCAGCCGCUUCAGUCAGAUCUUCCCACUUGGAUCCAUUCGGUGCUGUAUUUAUCAGCCAUAUUCGCACUGAUACCUUUUCUUAAUUGUGUGUAUGUAGUCAUGCACUGUGUUGUAGUUAGGUAUAUGUCUUACAUUUCCACUCAUUUGACUUAACCUUCUAACCUAAACUGCCUCAAAAACAACGUUAAUAGAUAAUCCAUGGUAUAAGGUUUAUAUUAUCCAUGGUAUAAAUGACUGUGAGUACGUUGUGUAUAUGUAUAUUGUUAAUUUUUUGAGUGUAUGCAGGUAUCCAUUUAAGCAAAUAUUUAUGUUCAUUUGUAAGUAUUCUUCAUGAUAAUACACUUUUAUUCAGACAUUGUCAUUG